CGAACCCAGAUAGAACCCAACAGUUGGGUUCGAUGGAACCCAAAUCAACUAAGUUCCGUCAAACCUAGCUGCUGGGUUCGUUCGACUGUGCUAAGUAUCAACGAACCAACACAUCUCCCACUCUUAAUCCAUCUUCUUCCCCUCUUUCUUCCCUCUCUGUCAAACCCAAAUUUGCUGGGUUCCAUCGAUCCCUUUCUUCCCCUCCUUCUUCCCUUCUUUCUUUCUUCCCCCUCUUCUUCCUUCUCUAUCAAACCUAGAUCUGUUGGGUUCCAUCGAACCCAAUAGAUCUGGGUUCCUCGAACCCUUUCUUCCUAUCCUUCUUCCCCUCUUUCUUUCUUCCCCUCCUUCUUCCCUUCUUUCUUCUCUCUCUGUGAAACCCAAAUCUGCUGGGCUCGAUGAAACCCAGAAGAUCUAGGUUCCAUCUUGCAGACUAACUUUCAACGUUUCCUUUUCUCUUAUUUAGUUCACAUGAAUUUAAGUGAUCCAACUACUGAAAGAGGGAGCUGUCGGUGUCAUUCCUACUGACACUGUGUAUGCUGCUUUCCUUCCUUUUGGUUCAGCUGUAAUGAACUAGUACUAGUAAUUAUAACUUUGUGUCUAGAGUUAGAUAAAACUAAUUCUUGAUGGUGUGGUAUGCAAUUGUUUGCCAUUUGAAAAGUGACUCUGCAAUUGAACAUCUUCGUAGAAUAAAAAAUAUAGAACCCUCAAAGCCUCUUAGUAUCUUAUGCCACUCUUUUCGAGACAUUGACACAUAUACAAUGGGUUUCCCUGGUGGUGAUGGACAAGGUCAUGCAAAUCUAUUUCGAGCGGUCAAGCGUUGCUUGCCUGGGCCUUAUACUUUCAUCUUAACUGCAAGCAAAGCAUUGCCUAAACAGUGUAUAAGGUAUGGGACUACCACUGCCAAAUAUGCUUCAAGGAAAAAUGUGGGUGUGCGUAUCCCCGAUGAUCCCAUUUGUCAAGCAAUCCUAGAGAAAAUGGAUGCACCAUUGAUCUGCACAAGUGUCAAGUCACCAAAGGAAAAUGAGUGGAUGAUAGAUCCAGUUGUAAUAGUUGAUAUAUAUGGACCAAAGGUAUGGGUUUGUCUUCAUUCCAAGUUUAACAAACUUUGCAGGAUUUCUGUUGUUUUUCCAUGGCAACAAAUGCCUUGGAUUUUUGUUAGCCCAUCUUUCUCAAAAUUUGUGUGGAAACAGUAUACUUUCAUCUUAACUGCAAGCAAAGCAUUGCCUAAACAGUGUAUAAGGUAUGGGACUACCACUGCCAAAUAUGCUUCAAGGAAAAAUGUGGGUGUGCGUAUCCCCGAUGAUCCCAUUUGUCAAGCAAUCCUAGAGAAAAUGGAUGCACCAUUGAUCUGCACAAGUGUCAAGUCACCAAAGGAAAAUGAGUGGAUGAUAGAUCCAGUUGUAAUAGUUGAUAUAUAUGGACCAAAGGGACCUAAAUUACCGUGGAUGGUUGGAGAGGAAGAUGAUGUAUCAGCUUUACAUGUAAACGAUCUUAUCCCUUCAUUACCUUAAACCCUUUGCUUCUUGAGAGACUUGCAGCACUUUUAGUCCUUUUGCGCUCAAGGGUGGGUCAGCAGUUCUGCUGGCAUUUCUGUUUUAGUUCCUCAUGGAAGACUCGUUUACCAUACAAAAAAAUUAACAGAAACAUGCAUCCUUUGUAAAUGGUAGAUCAAGAAAUCGUAUAUCCGAGGAAGUUCCUAGCACAGACCUUUUCUAGGAUAUUCUAUUGUGGAUGGCAGGUCUGUACCUGAUUUUCAAUCAAUUGGUAGUCUUCAC